GAGAGAGAGCAGAGGGCGAGAGAGGGAGGAAUACGAGCAUCCUUCAUCAGACUGAGGAGGAGACGCCGGGACGGACACCAACAAAGAAGAAGAGACGGAUGUUACUGAGAGACGCUGUCCUCAAUCUAGACCUGAGAGAGUGUGUGUGUGUGUGAGAGAGUGUGUGAGUGAGUGAGUGAGUGAGUGAGUGUGUGUGUGUGUGUGUGUGUGUGUGUGUGUGUGUGUGUGUGUGUGUGUGUGUGAGAUCAGCUGAUUGGAGCACAAAUGUUGGAAGGCGGAGCCAUGAUGGGCAAAGAUUACAUGCUGGCCAUCCUCAUAGUGAACUAUGACGACAACAUCUGGACGGACCAGAACCUGCAGCUGGACCCUGACCUGCCUCCAGGCUGGAGGACCAUCAGAGACUCAGCUGGGACGUAUUACUGGCAUGUCCCCAGUGGAGACACCCAGUGGACGCACCCCCGCACCUCACCUGCACAGGAAGAGGAGACACACAGAGCAGCUGAGAGCAGGUGUUCCUGGCAUGAAGACUUCCUGUCCAACGACCCCAGCUCUAAGUGCUUCUCGGUGCGGUCUCUCGGCUGGUUGGAGGUCCAGGAGGACGAUCUGUCUCCGGGUCGCAGCAGCCUGGCUGUCAGUCAUGUGAUCCAGCAGCUGUCUCGCUGCAGCAGCCCAGAGCAGAGAGACAGGCAGGGAGCCUGGGGGGAGGGUCGGGAGAUGAUGCUCGUCCUGAAGAAAGACACUCUCUCCCUAUUGGACCCUUUAGACCACACCCCACUUCACUGUCAGCCAAUCAUUAACAUCAGAGUGUGGGGGGUCGGCUGCAACAACGGCCGGGACAGGGACUUUGCCUUUGUGGCGGGCGAUAAGGACAGCUGUGUUCUGAAGUGUCACGUAUUCCGCUGCGACGCUCCGGCCCGAACCAUCGCCUCAGCGUUGCACGAGAUGUGCUCCAAAAUGAUGUCAGACCAGACACUGAUGAGGCCGUCUCGCUCUCUGACGAUGGACAACAUCUCACCUGAAGACCUUCCCCGACAAGUGGAGUUCCUGGAGGCGGUGCGGCAGCAGGAGCAGAAGUUUGAGGUUCAAUACAUCGGGAACCUGCCGGUGUCCAGAGCCAUGGGUAUGGAGGUGUUGAACCGAGCCAUAGAGAGCAUCCUGAACGCCACAGACCGAGAGGAGUGGGAACCAGCAGUGAUCCAUGUCACAGACCACAUCCUGUCCCUGUGGAGGGGAGAGGAGGGGGAGGAGCCUCUGUGGGAGUGUCAGGUACGCCUCCUCACCUUCCUGGGCGUCGGCCACGACUGCCACACCUUCGCUGUGAUCUGUGACGGGGGGGCGCAGCGCUUCGAGGCUCACGUGUUCUGGAGCGAGCCGGACGCAGGGCAGCUGUCUGAGGCCGUGCAGGCGGCGUGCAUGGUGCAGUAUCAGAGGUGUUUGGUGGCGCAGACCCCCCCCCCGAGGAUGAAGUCAUGGAGCGUGACCCCAAAGGUCAAGAGGAGGAGCUCCCUCCCACCCCUCCCCCCUCUCCCCCCCCUCCCCCCCCUCAGCAGGAAGGGGAUGAAGGCGUUCCUCCAGACGUUCAGGAAGCAAGCCGCCUCCUCAUAG